AUGGUGGAUGUGAGCGCGAAAGUGGCCACCUCUAGAAGCGCUAUAGCUGAAGGUACACUUAAGGAAAGGAAUGAAGUGAAAAUCCGUGCGAUAGUUCGAACGAAGGCAGAGACCGGUGUUGAAAUGGAGGCGCUGACAGCAGUGAGCGUUGCUGCGUUGACAUUGUACGAUAUGUGUAAGGCGAUUACCCACAAAAUGGAAAUUUCCGAUAUUAGAUUGGUGGGUAAACAUGGUGGGAAGCGGGAUUUCGGGCAGACGGAACUCUGA